UCGCGUGAUUAUACGUAUCCUUCCCACCAACCGAACAAUGGAAAAUGAAUACACCCUGGACGAGCUCACCAGCCUGGCGCAGGAAAAGAUCGAUCUCGGUGGGAAGCUGCUGGAGGAUCUGGCCAAGCGGGACACGGUCGACGGAGUGCGAAAAAUCUCCAAGAAAAUCAGCCAGGAGCUCAAGUUUCUGAACAAGGUGAAGAACGCCAAAACGGUAUCGAUCAACCACAUCCUAUGCAGCAACUUGACGCACUUCGCCUGCCUGGUGCAGUGUCUGCUCAGCUGCCAGGACGUGACCCAUGUGGACUAUCCCCUGCCGCUGGAGGACCGUGGCUCCAAGCUGCGGGUGGAUAUCGUAGCCGACGGGGGAGCAACCUGGAUCAAGGUCAUUGCGCGUAAUCCAAAAUCCCUGAACGACGCCGUCCACGGGCGGACCAGCUACGGAUCAAAAAGCAUCCUAGAACAAGCGGAAGAGUACGUCGAAGCAGCGGAAGCGAAUCCCCAUAUGUUCAAACCACCGAGGGUGGUGUUUCGAUUUCUGAGCAAAAUCGACGAUGAGUUGGUCUUCGAGCUGGAACAAGUUGGAGUAACGGUACUGGUUCUGCAAACUUCCCAACCAGUUCCCCGGACCGAAACGGCCACCGUCACCAAGCUGAACCUGGACAUCACAACCAUGAUAGCUUACGUGAGCGCAAUGACGAACGGUUCCGCCAACUGGGAGUACAACGAACCGCUGCUAACGGAACAAGCCCGCUGGGAACGGGAAAAACCGAUCAAACCCGUGCUGGACGACCUGUUCGACGGGAAGGAGCUGAUCUGCUGCGAAACGGCUGUCUCGUGCUUCAAUGAGAUCCUUUCGAUUUUGGGUGGACCGAAGGAGAAAGCACGAGCCAAGGAACUGUUCGAAAGGGUAACGAUACUUCCGGAUGUUCCCCUGCCGGACGAGUUGAGCAACAUACGGGUGGGAGGAAAAAUUAAACCGAGGAGUUUGCAGAUUUUUGCCUUUGGAUUACAGCACGAAGCGAUCACCGUAACGUCCAACGAGGGAUUCGUGCGGGCUGCCCGGAUGCAGGGCCUGGAAGUUCCGGUCGCUGUGCAUGAUGCGCGGGCGUUGACCGAGGAAAAGGAACAGGGUGCCCGGCUGCUGGAGGAAUGAAGGUGGACCGGAGGGCGGCGGUAUUGCAGAAGGAUUUUGGUCGUGGACGAAAUUGUGAUUUUGUAAAAAGGAAACUUUGUGUAAAAAUUGUGUUCAUAUUAUGUUCGGUAGGAGUA